AUGAAGACGACAAAAGAAAAUGAUAAUAAUAACAUAAUACAUUAUGUAGAUUGGAUAAACCAAAUUUUUAAAAAGAGCUCUUUACAAAGUGAUAUAUAUUUUUUUGAUGAUAACAAAGAAAAAGAUGUUAGCAAGAAAAGGAAAGCUCAGUUGAAGGAUGAAUAUGAUAAUAUAUCAAAGGGGAAAGAAAAAAUUAAUAAUUUAAAAAAACUAAAAAAUGAAUUAAAUAUAAAAGAUAAUAUGAACGAUUACAUAUAUGAUGAUGAAGAGAAAAAUGUUGUUAAGAGUGAUGAUAAAAGUAGUUGUGAUAUUUAUAAAAGUAAUAAUAAAUAUGUGCCUCAUAAUUCGCAUAUAUAUAAUGAUAAUAAUUUUGUUGAUAUUUUAGAUGUAAAAAAUAAAGAGAAUAGUAUAAGGAACAUACAUAAUGGUAGUUCUUCUUCAUGCGAUAUAUCAGAUAUAAAAAGUGAAGAUGAAUAUAUAGAACAAUAUGAAAAAAAUAAUGAAGAAAAUAUAAAUGAAUAUAAGAAUGAGAAGAAUAUAACUAAUAAAAAUAUAAUGGAAGGAAAGAGUUUAAUUUAUAAUGAUGAACAUAAUUAUAAUUCAUUAAUAUAUAAUCCUUGUAAUGAUAAAAUAAGUAAGAUGAACAAAAUGGAUAGUCACAAUGGUAAUGAUAAUAAUAUGGAUAAUAUGGAUAAUUAUAAUACCUUUGCAAAUGCUUGUAAUUUUAUAAUAUAUUCCUCAGAUGAUGAAGAUAAUAUAUCUAAUUAUUAUAACGAUAAAGAACUAUUAAAUGAUGAUAUUAUGUUUCCUAUAAAAUUUAACUUUGAAAAAUUAAAAAAAAAUAUUUAUGUAAUAGAGCAUAUAGACAAAAUAUAUUAUGAUACAUUUUUAAAAAAAAGUCAAAAUGAAAAAAGUGUUUUAAUCAAUAAUGAAAAUAGUGGUUAUUUAAAAAAUGAUAUGAAUGAUAAAAGUGUUGUUGAUAAUAUAAAUGUUAUGAAUCCUUCUAAUAUGAAUACGUUGAGUAAUAUUUCAAAUAUUAGGAAUGAAAAAAUAGAAAAUAAUAAUAAGAAUGAAAAAUUAAUAAAAUCAGAUGCUGCUCAAUCAAAAAAUGUUAUGAGUACUUUUUCUUUUUGGAAUAUUGAAAUGGAAACAUUUAUAACAAAACCUUUGUAUGCACAAAACUUGAGGAAAAAACAAUUUAGUUUAUUAGAUGAAUCUGAAGAGAUGAUAAGAAAUUAUUCAUCAAAUCAAUAUUCAAUAAAAUUUGUACCAAGACAUUUAUUAUAUGUAAUGAGUCAGGUUGCUUCUCGAUCUUUUUUUGAUCCCUUAUAUAGAAAACAGUUAUUUUUUCGUUACUAA